UCACUUGUUUGUGGGAUUCUAUCCCGCGUUCUUUUUCUGCGCGUAAGAUUCCGCCCCACUUCGAGCAUACGAGGGCCUAUACGGGAAAUUCGCCGUAUCAACGAAGAGCCCAAAGUCCAGGAGUGUCGGUCACGGGUGCUGCGGGGACCGUGUGCACGUGCAGUGACGGCGCUGCCGAAUCAACUACCUCUGUGCUUCUCGACAACCCUUGAUAAACUCCUAAAAAUGUUACCCAGAAUGCGGCAUUUGGAUUUGCCGCAGCAGGUCCACAAUCAGCCGAAUCAGGAGCCGAUGGUUGUCGACGAAGCCGAAGCGACUUCGGAAGAGGUUGUUUCCGUCCUGAAUCCAACCUUCGAAUUGGAAAUGUAUGCGGCGCAGUACACAGGACUCGCGAAACUCAACAGAUUGCUUUUCAUCGCCGACCGGUGUCCGCCAAUGCGAAUAGAGGCUCUGAGAUUGGCCUUGGAUCACGUCAUGGGGACACUAAAUGUAAACAAAUAUCAGGAAGUCUUCCGAAAGCUUUGCGAUGCUCUACAAGCCGCCAAUGCGCAGGGUGUUCCAGACGUGGCGGAUACCUACGAACUCCCCCAGGUUGACGCUCAUUGGGUAGACUCUCGAUUGAAGCAAGUCGCCCUAAAAACGGAGAAGCUCGACAAUGAUCUCAAGAACUACAAGGCGAACUCCAUCAAGGAAAGCAUUCGACGAGGCACUGACGAUCUCGGUGAACAUUAUCUCGAUUGCGGCGAUCUGAACAACGCCUUGCGAUCUUUCGCUCGAGCUCGCGAUUACUGUACGUCGGGGAGACACGUAAUCGAUUACUGUUUGAACGUGACACGCGUCUCGGUCUAUCUCCAGUAUUGGCAGCAUGUUGAGAGCUACGUGACUAAAGCUGAAAACACACCGGAAGUCAUUAUCGCAACUUCUGCGACGACGCAGGCAGGCCCGAGUACGGACUCGGUCAGUCCUACGAUUAUUGACAAACUGCGCUGCUGCCGAGGUAUAGCGGCUCUCGCAACGAAGAAAUAUAAAAAAGCAGCUCUCCAUUUCCUGCAAGCGAAUGCGUACAACUGCGAUUUCCCCGAUAUCAUGGCUGCGAGGGAUGUAGCAAUGUACGCCGGACUUUGUGCCUUGGCCUCUUUCGAUCGGGCGGAGCUCGCUCGCAACAUAAUCAACCAGCAGAACUUCAAGCAGUUCCUCGAACUGGAUCCCCAGCUGCGGGACAUUAUCCAGUACUUCUACGAAAGCCGCUACGGACAAUGUCUCGCUCUCCUCGACUCGAUCCAAGACAACCUCCUGCUGGACAUCUACUUGGCCCCUCAUGUUUCCGCACUCUAUGGUCAGAUUCGGAAGCGCGCCUGGAUCCAAUACUUUUCGCCGUAUAGCAGCGCGGAUAUGAAUCGAAUGGCAUCGGCAUUCAACACAACCGUCCAGCAGGUUGAAGAGGAAAUCAUGCAACUCAUCCUGGAUAAUCAGAUCCAGGCGAGGAUUGACUCUCAGAACAAGAUCGUUUAUGCGAGAGACGUCGACCAGAGAACGACAACGUUCCAGAAAUGCGUCGAAAUCGGCGACGAGCUCGAGCGAAGGACUAAGGCACUGAUGCUGAGAGCCACUCUGAUAAAGCAUCGAAUCGUGGUCAAAUGUCCGCCGCGUAUGAUGGCCACGUGUAUUGUGAACGGUGAGAGGGAAAACAAAAACUUGUGAACGGAACCUGUCUGUGUCCUAAGUGGAGCUUGUACUCGUCAAUUCUUCCUGUACAAACUUGGUGGCCUCCUUCUUUAAUAAAGCUGGG